UGGUGCUCCGCGGGGAGAACUGUGCAGCGCACAGGGCAUUUAAGUGCUGAGCUGCCCCGUGGCCGCCGGGGGAUGCUGGACGACUCCGGGGCGGUGGGCUGGGGAGCGAGAGCCGUCUCCCCAGAUUUUGGACCAUUGUUUGACUUGGAAAAUGAUCUUCCUGAUGAGCUGAUCCCCAAUGGAGAAUUAGGCCUUUUAAACAGUGGGAACCUUGUUCCAGAUGCUGCUUCCAAACAUAAACAACUGUCGGAGCUUCUGCGCGGAGGCAGCGGCUCUAGUAUCAACCCAGGAAUAGGAAAUGUGAGCGCCAGCAGCCCUGUGCAGCAAGGCCUUGGUGGCCAGGCUCAAGGGCAGCCGAACAAUGCGAACAUGGCCAAUCUGGGUACUAUGGGCAAGAGCCCUCUGAACCAGGGAGAUUCUUCAGCCCCCAGCCUGCCCAAGCAGGCAGCCAGCACCUCUGGGCCCACUCCCCCUGCUUCCCAACCACUGAAUCCGCAAGCACAAAAACAAGUGGGACUGGUAACCAGCAGCCCUGCCACAGCGCAGACAGGACCUGGAAUCUGCAUGAAUGCUAACUUUAACCAGACCCACCCAGGCCUCCUCAAUAGUAACUCUGGCCAUAGUUUAUUGAACCAGGCCCAGCAGGGGCAGGCGCAAGUCAUGAAUGGAUCUCUGGGGACUGCUGGCAGAGGAAGGGGAGCUGGAAUACCGUACCCUGCUCCAACCAUGCAGGGGCCCACAAGCAGCGUUCUGGCUGAGACGUUAACACAGGUUUCGCCACAAAUUCCCAGUCACGCGGGACUGAACACAGCACAGGCAGGAGGCAUGACCAAGAUGGGAAUGACUGGUAACACAAGUCCAUUUGGACAACCCUUUAGUCAAACUGGAGGGCAGCCAAUGGGAGCCCCUGGAGUGAACCCCCAGUUACCCAGCAAGCAGAAUGUGGUCACUAGUUUGCCUCCCUUCCCUGCAGACAUCAAGAAUGCUUCAGUCACCAACGUGCCAAACAUGUCUCAGAUGCAAACAUCAGUGGGAAUUGUACCCACACAAGCAAUUGCAACGGGCCCCACUGCAGAUCCUGAAAAACGCAAACUGAUACAGCAGCAGCUGGUUCUACUGCUUCACGCUCAUAAAUGUCAGAGACGAGAACAAGCAAACGGAGAGGUUCGGGCCUGCUCUCUCCCACAUUGUCGAACCAUGAAAAAUGUUUUGAAUCACAUGACACACUGUCAGGCUGGGAAAGCCUGUCAAGUUGCCCAUUGUGCAUCUUCACGACAAAUCAUCUCUCAUUGGAAGAACUGCACACGACAUGACUGUCCUGUUUGCCUCCCUUUGAAAAAUGCCAGUGACAAGCGAAACCAACAAACCAUCCUGGGAUCUCCAGCUAGUGGAAUUCAGAACACAAUUGGUUCUGUUGGUACAGGCCAGCAGAAUGCUACUUCUUUAAGUAACCCAAAUCCUAUAGACCCCAGCUCCAUGCAGCGAGCAUAUGCUGCUCUUGGACUUCCCUACCUGAACCAGCCCCAGACGCAGCUGCAGGUUUCUGGCCAGCAACCAGCACAGCCUCAAACUCACCAGCAGAUGAGGACUCUCAACCCCUUGGGAAAUAACCCAAUGAACAUUCCAGCAGGAGGAAUAACAACAGAUCAGCAGCCACCAAACUUGAUUUCAGAAUCAGCUCUUCCAACUUCCCUUGGGGCCACAAACCCACUGAUGAAUGAUGGCUCAAAUUCUGGAAACAUUGGAACCCUCAGCACUAUACCAACAGCAGCACCUACUUCCAGCACUGGCGUUCGGAAAGGCUGGCAUGAACAUGUCACCCAGGACCUGCGGAGCCAUCUAGUGCAUAAACUCGUCCAAGCCAUCUUCCCAACACCUGGCCCUGCAGCCCUGAAGGAUCACCGCAUGGAGAACCUAGUGGCCUACGCUAAGAAAGUAGAAGGGGACGUGUAUGAGUCUGCCAACAGCCGGGAUGAAUACUAUCACUUAUUAGCAGAGAAAAUCUAUAAGAUACAAAAAGAACUAGAAGAAAAACGGAGGUCGCGUUUACACAAACAAGGCAUCUUGGGUAACCAGCCAGCCUUACCAGCCCCCGGGGCGCAGCCCCCUGGGAUACCACAGUCACAACCUGUGAGACCUCCAAAUGGGCCCAUGCCCCUGCCAGUGAAUCGCAUGCAGGUUUCUCAAGGGAUGAAUUCAUUUAACCCGAUGUCCUUGGGGAAUGUACAGUUGCCACAAGCUCCCAUGGGACCGCGCGCAGCAUCCCCCAUGAACCACUCUGUCCCAAUGAACAGCAUGGGCUCCGUUCCAGGGAUGGCCAUUUCUCCUUCCCGAAUGCCUCAGCCUCCAAACAUGAUGAGUGCACAUGCCAACAACAUGAUGGCCCAGGCGCCCACACAGAACCAGUUCCUGCCUCAGAACCAGUUCCCUUCAUCCAGUGGGGCAAUGAGUGUGAACAAUGUAGGCAUGGGGCAGCCAGCGGCCCAGACAGGCGUGUCACAGGGACAGGUGCCUGGUGCUGCUCUUCCUAACCCUCUGAACAUGCUUGGGUCCCAGCUGCCUUGUCCACCAGUGACACAAUCACCUUUGCACCAGACACCACCUCCUGCUUCCACAGCCGCUGGCCUGCCGUCUCUACAGCAUCCAACAGCACCUGUGAUGACUCCUCCCCCGCCAGCAGCUCCCACUCAGCCAUCGACUCCUGUGUCGUCUUCCGGGCAGACUCCUACCCCAACUCCUGGCUCAGUGCCCAGUGCUAGUCAAGCACAGAGCACUCCUACAGUCCAGGCAGCAGCCCAGGUGACCCCGCAGCCUCAGACCCCAGUUCAGCCCCCAUCUGUGGCCACCCCUCAGUCAUCACAGCAACAGCCAACACCUGUGCACACCCAGCCUCCUGGCACACCGCUUUCCCAGGCAGCAGCCAGCAUUGAGAACAGGGUACCCACUCCAUCUUCAGUGGCCAGUGCUGAAACCAACUCCCAGCAGCCAGGACCAGAAAUACCAAUGCUGGAAAUGAAGACUGAGGUCAAGACCGAGGACACCGAGCCAGAUGCCAGUGAAUCCAAGGGGGAACCUGCGUCUGCGAUGAUGGAGGAAGAUCUACAAGGAUCUUCUCAAGUUAAAGAAGAAUCAGACACAACAGAGCAGAAAUCAGAACCAAUGGAAGUGGAUGAAAAGAAGCCGGAAGUAAAAGUAGAAGCUAAAGAGGAAGAAGAGAGCACGGCUAAUGGUGCCGCUUCCCAGUCAGCAUCUCCUUCGCAGCCACGGAAAAAAAUCUUUAAGCCGGAGGAAUUGCGCCAGGCUCUUAUGCCAACCCUAGAAGCGCUAUAUCGACAGGAUCCAGAGUCCUUACCUUUUCGCCAGCCUGUAGAUCCCCAGCUCCUUGGAAUUCCUGAUUACUUUGACAUUGUGAAGAACCCCAUGGACCUUUCCACCAUCAAGCGAAAGUUAGACACAGGGCAGUACCAAGAACCCUGGCAGUACGUGGAUGAUGUCUGGCUGAUGUUCAACAAUGCCUGGCUCUACAAUCGCAAGACGUCUCGGGUCUAUAAGUUUUGCAGUAAACUGGCAGAGGUCUUUGAACAAGAAAUUGACCCUGUUAUGCAGUCCCUUGGAUAUUGUUGUGGACGCAAGUAUGAGUUUUCCCCACAGACUUUGUGCUGCUAUGGGAAGCAACUGUGUACAAUUCCUCGAGAUGCAGCCUACUACAGCUAUCAGAAUAGGUAUCAUUUUUGUGAGAAGUGUUUCACAGAGAUCCAGGGGGAGAAUGUUACCCUUGGUGACGACCCUUCACAACCCCAGACGACAAUUUCAAAGGAUCAGUUUGAAAAGAAGAAAAAUGAUACCUUAGAUCCUGAACCUUUUGUUGAUUGCAAGGAGUGUGGCCGGAAAAUGCAUCAAAUUUGUGUUUUACACUAUGAUAUCAUUUGGCCGUCAGGAUUUGUAUGUGACAACUGCUUGAAGAAAACUGGCAGAACUCGAAAAGAAAACAAAUUCAGUGCUAAGAGACUGCAAACCACGCGAUUGGGAAACCACUUGGAAGACCGAGUCAACAAGUUUUUGCGGCGACAGAAUCAUCCUGAAGCCGGGGAGGUCUUUGUUCGAGUGGUGGCCAGCUCAGAUAAGACUGUGGAGGUCAAGCCUGGGAUGAAGUCACGGUUUGUGGACUCUGGGGAAAUGUCUGAAUCUUUCCCGUAUCGAACCAAAGCUCUCUUUGCUUUUGAGGAAAUUGAUGGAGUGGAUGUAUGCUUCUUUGGAAUGCAUGUCCAAGAAUAUGGCUCUGAUUGCCCCCCUCCAAACACAAGGCGUGUGUACAUAUCUUAUCUGGACAGUAUUCAUUUCUUCCGACCCCGAUGCCUGCGGACAGCUGUUUACCAUGAGAUCCUUAUUGGAUAUUUAGAAUAUGUGAAGAAAUUGGGGUAUGUGACAGGACAUAUCUGGGCCUGUCCCCCAAGUGAAGGAGAUGACUACAUCUUCCAUUGCCACCCCCCUGAUCAAAAAAUCCCAAAACCGAAGCGCCUACAGGAGUGGUACAAAAAGAUGCUGGACAAGGCUUUUGCAGAGCGGAUCAUCCAUGACUACAAGGACAUUUUCAAACAAGCAACUGAAGACAGGCUCACCAGUGCCAAGGAAUUGCCCUAUUUUGAGGGUGACUUCUGGCCCAACGUGUUGGAGGAGAGCAUUAAGGAGCUGGAACAAGAAGAAGAAGAGAGGAAGAAGGAAGAGAGCACUGCAGCCAGCGAGACUACAGAGGGCAGCCAGGGUGACAGCAAGAAUGCCAAGAAAAAGAACAACAAGAAAACCAACAAGAAUAAAAGCAGUAUCAGCCGGGCCAACAAGAAGAAACCCAGUAUGCCCAACGUGUCCAACGACUUGUCCCAGAAGCUCUACGCUACCAUGGAGAAACACAAAGAGGUCUUCUUUGUGAUCCACCUCCAUGCUGGGCCUGUCAUCAAUACGCUGCCCCCUAUUGUUGACCCCGACCCCCUGCUCAGCUGCGACCUCAUGGAUGGGCGCGACGCCUUCCUCACCCUCGCCAGGGACAAGCACUGGGAAUUCUCCUCUCUGAGGCGGUCCAAGUGGUCCACGCUGUGCAUGCUGGUGGAGUUGCACACCCAGGGCCAGGACCGCUUUGUCUACACCUGCAAUGAGUGCAAGCACCAUGUGGAGACACGCUGGCAUUGUACCGUGUGCGAGGACUAUGACCUUUGCAUCAACUGCUACAACACAAAGAGCCACACCCACAAGAUGGUGAAGUGGGGACUGGGCCUAGACGACGAGGGCGGCAGCCAGGGUGAGCCGCAGUCUAAGAGCCCCCAGGAGUCACGGCGCCUGAGCAUCCAGCGCUGCAUCCAGUCCCUGGUGCACGCCUGCCAGUGCCGCAAUGCCAACUGCUCGCUGCCGUCCUGCCAGAAGAUGAAGCGGGUUGUACAGCACACUAAGGGCUGCAAGCGCAAGACCAAUGGAGGCUGCCCAGUAUGCAAGCAGCUCAUUGCCCUUUGCUGCUACCAUGCCAAACACUGCCAAGAAAACAAAUGCCCCGUGCCCUUCUGCCUCAACAUCAAACACAAGCUCCGCCAGCAGCAGAUCCAGCACCGCCUGCAGCAAGCGCAGCUCAUGCGCCGGCGAAUGGCCACCAUGAACACCCGCAACGUGCCUCAGCAAAGUCUGCCUUCCCCUACCUCAGCACCACCAGGGACCCCUACACAGCAACCCAGCACACCCCAGACACCACAGCCCCCAACCCAGCCCCAGCCCUCGCCUGUGAGCAUGUCACCAGCCGGUUUCUCCAGCGUGGUCCGAACUCAGCCCCCCACCACAGUGUCCACUGGGAAGCCCACCAACCAGGUGCCAGCCCCACCACCACCCGCCCAACCCCCACCUGCAGCAGUGGAGGCGGCCCGGCAGAUUGAACGCGAGGCUCAGCAGCAGCAGCAUCUGUAUCGGGUGAACAUCAACAACGGCAUGCCCCCGGGACGCACAGGCAUGGUGACUCCCGUGAACCAGAUGGCUCCUGUGGGCCUGAAUGUGCCCCGACCCAACCAGGUCAGUGGGCCUGUCAUGCCCAACCUGCCCCCCGGGCAGUGGCAGCCAGCUCCCAUCCCGCAGCAACAACCGAUGCCGGGCAUGCCCAGACCCGUGAUGUCUAUGCAGGCCCAACCAGCUGUAGCCGGACCACGGAUGCCUAACGUGCAGCCGCCUCGGAGCAUCUCACCCGGCGCCCUGCAGGACCUGCUGCGGACCCUGAAGUCUCCCAGCUCCCGGCAGCAGCAGCAGCAGGUGCUCAACAUCCUCAAGUCAAACCCUCAGCUGAUGGCAGCUUUCAUCAAACAGCGCACAGCCAAGUACGUGGCCAGUCAGCCCGGUCUGCAGCCCCAGCCCAGCCUCCAGGCCCAGCCGGGCCUGCAGCCCCAGCCUGGCCUGCACCAGCAGCCCAGCCUGCAGAACCUGAAUGCCAUGCAAGCCAGCGGGCCACGGCCCGGUGUGCCUCCGCAGCAGCAAGCAAUGGGAGGCCUGAACCCCCAGGGUCAGGCCCUGAACAUCAUGAACCCAGGACACAACCCCAGCAUGGCAAGUAUGAAUCCACAGUAUAGAGAGAUGCUGCGGAGGCAGCUGUUGCAGCAGCAGCAGCAACAGCAGCAACAGCAACAGCAGCAACAGCAGGGCAGUGCUGGCAUGGCUGCAGGCAUGGCAGGACACAGCCAGUUCCAGCAGCCUCAAGGACCUGGAGGCUAUCCCCCAGCCAUGCAGCAGCAGCGAAUGCAGCAGCACCUGCCCAUGCAGGGAAACUCCAUGGGCCAGAUGGCAGCUCAGAUGGGACAGCUCAGCCAGAUGGGGCAGCCUGGGCUGGGCGCAGACAACACCCCCAACAUCCAGCAAGCUCUGCAGCAACGGAUUCUGCAGCAGCAACAGAUGAAGCAGCAGAUUGGGUCCCCAGGCCAGCCAAACCCCAUGAGCCCCCAGCAACACAUGCUCUCAGGACAGCCACAGGCCUCGCACCUCCCUGGCCAGCAGAUGGCCACAUCCCUUAGUAGCCAGGUGCGAUCUCCGGCCCCUGUCCAGUCUCCACGGCCCCAGUCCCAGCCUCCACAUUCCAGCCCAUCACCACGGAUACAGCCCCAGCCUUCACCACACCACGUCUCACCCCAGACUGGUUCUCCCCACCCAGGACUUGCAGUCACCAUGGCCAGCUCCAUAGAUCAGGGACACUUGGGGAACCCCGAACAGAGUGCAAUGCUACCACAGCUGAAUACCCCCAACAGGAGUGCAUUGUCCAAUGAGCUGUCCCUGGUCGGCGACACCACGGGAGACACCCUAGAAAAGUUUGUGGAGGGUUUGUAGCAUUGUGAGAGCAUCACUUUUUUUUCCUUUCAUGUUCUUGGACCUUUUGUACUGAAAUCCAAGCAUCUAGGUUCUUUUUAUUCCUAGAUGGAACUGCUACUUCCAGGCCACGGAAGGGUAGAUUGCUGUUUAAAGAAACAAUACAAAGAAUAUAUUUUUUUGUUAAAAACCAGUUGAUUUAAAUAUCUGGUCUCUCUUUUUGUUUUUUGUUUUUGUUUUUUUGUUUUGGGGGGAGGGGGGAUUGUUUGGAUUUUUUGUCGUCAUUGCUGGUGACUCAUGCCUUUUUUUAACGGGAAAAACAAGUUCAUUAUAUCCAUAUUUUUUAUUUGUAUUUUCAAGACUUUAAACAUUUAUGUUUAAAAGUGAGAAGAAAAAUAAUAUUCAGAAACUGAUUCUUGAAAUAAUGCAAGCUUAUAAUGUAUCCCGACAACUUUCUGAUGUUGCGGGAAGAUUUUUUCUAUUGUGAACUCUGUGGGCGUUCUCCAAGUAUUACCCCUGGACGAUAGGAAUUGGCUCCUACGUGCACACACAUACACACCCACACACAUCUAUCUAUACAUAUUGGCUUAAGCCAACUCUUGUCUUGCAGAUGUAGAAAUUGUUGCUUUGUUUCUCUGAUAAAACUGGUUUUAGACAAAAAAUAGGGAUGAUCACUCUCUUAGACCAUGCUAAUGUUAAUAGAGAAGAGCAUUCUUUCUUCUAUGUGAAACUUGAAAUGAGGAAAAGCAAUUCUAGUGUAAAUCAUGCAAGCGCUAUAAUUACUAUAAAUAAGAAAAUUCAAGAAGAUUCAAUCACUGUAUAGGACGGUAAAGUACCAACUCAUUUCUUAUAUCAUAUUGUUAAAUAAACUGUGUGCAACAGACAAAAAGGGUGGUCCUUCUUGAAUUCAUGUAUAUGGUAUUAACACUUAGUGUUCGGGGUUUUUGUUAAUGAAAAUGCUGUUUUCAACAUUGUAUUUGGACUAUGCAUGUGUUUUUUUCCCCCAUUGUAUAUAACGUACCGCUUAAAAUUGAUAUAAAUUACUGAAGUUUUUAACAUGUA